GUGCGCAGCGCCGCCGAGCAGCCGGGAAAGGACGCAGGCAGGAGGCGGGCAGCGGGAGGCGGUAGCCCCGUGCGGUCCCCGCGGCUGCUCCCGGCGGAGCCCCGCGCCCGCCGCGCCAUGGCCCGGAGACCCCGGCACAGCAUAUACAGUAGUGAUGAGGAUGAUGAAGACAUUGAGAUGUGUGACCAUGACUAUGAUGGGCUGCUUCCUAAGUCUGGAAAACGGCAUUUGGGGAAAACUAGGUGGACCAGGGAAGAGGAUGAAAAAUUAAAGAAGCUGGUGGAACAGAAUGGAACAGACGACUGGAAAGUUAUUGCCAAUUAUCUCCCAAAUCGAACAGAUGUACAGUGUCAGCACCGAUGGCAGAAAGUUCUAAACCCUGAGCUCAUCAAGGGCCCUUGGACCAAAGAAGAAGAUCAGAGAGUGAUAGAGCUUGUACAGAAAUACGGUCCGAAACGUUGGUCUGUUAUUGCCAAGCACUUAAAGGGGAGAAUUGGAAAACAAUGUAGGGAGAGGUGGCAUAACCACUUGAAUCCAGAAGUUAAGAAAACCUCCUGGACAGAAGAGGAAGACAGAAUUAUUUACCAGGCACACAAGAGACUGGGGAACAGAUGGGCAGAAAUCGCAAAGCUACUGCCUGGACGAACUGAUAAUGCUAUCAAGAACCACUGGAAUUCUACAAUGCGUCGGAAGGUUGAACAGGAAGGUUAUCUGCAGGAGACUUCUAAAGCCAGCCCGCCAACAGUGGCCACAAGUUUUCAGAAGAACAGUCAUUUGAUGGGUUUUGCUCCACCUUCAACCCAACUCCCUCCAACUGGCCAGCCUUCUGUGAACAAUGACUAUCCCUAUUAUCACAUUUCUGAAGCCCCAAAUAUCCCAGGUCAUGUCCCAUAUCCUGUAGCGUUACAUGUAAAUAUCGUCAAUGUCCCUCAGCCAGCUGCUGCAGCCAUUCAGAGACACUAUAAUGAUGAAGACCCUGAGAAAGAAAAGCGGAUAAAGGAACUAGAAUUGCUCCUAAUGUCAACUGAGAAUGAACUCAAAGGACAGCAGACGCUGCCUACCCAGAACCACACAUGCAGCUACCCUGGGUGGCACAGCACCGCCAUUGCCGACCACACCAGACCUCAUGGGGACAGUGCACCUGUUUCCUGUUUGGAAGAACACCACUCCACUCCAUCUCUGCCAGUGGAUCCUGGCUCCCUACCUGAAGAAAGCGCCUCUCCGACCAGGUGCAUGAUCAUCCACCAAGACGCCAUUCUGGAUAAUGUUAAGAACCUCUUAGAAUUUGCAGAAACACUCCAAUUUAUAGAUUCUGAUUCUUCAUCACGGUGUGAUCUCAGCAAUUUUGAAUUCUUUGAAGAAGCAGAUUUUUCACCUAGCCAACAGCAUGCAGGCAAAGCCCUACAGCGUCAGCAAAGAAAGGGCAGUGUGAAUAGACCGGCAGGAGAGCCUAGCACGAGGGUGAACAGACGCAAGUUGAGUGAGGGUUCACUUGACUCGCUCAAGCCCUUACCUCCUCCGAGGCCCAGCACAAUUCCUCUGGUCAUCCUUCGAAAGAGGCGGGGCCGGGCCAGCCCCUUAGCCACUGGAAACGCUAGCUCUUUGGCAUUUGCUGACGCCAGCAGUUCAACUCCCAAGCGUUCCCCUGUCAAAAGCCUGCCCUUCUCCCCCUCGCAGUUUUUAAACACUUCCAGUAACCAUGAAAACUUAGACUUGGAAAUGCCUUCUUUAACUUCCACGCCUCUCAAUGGUCACAAAUUGACUGUUACAACACCAUUUCAUAGGGACCAGACUAUGAAAAUCCACAAGGAAAAUACCAUUUUUAGAACUCCAGCUAUCAAAAGGUCAAUUCUGGAAAGCUCUCCAAGAACUCCUACACCAUUCAAACAUGCACUGGCAGCUCAAGAAAUUAAAUAUGGUCCUCUUAAGAUGCUACCUCAGACGCCAUCUCAUCUAGUCGAAGACCUACGUGAUGUUAUCAAACAGGAAGCCGAUGAAUCUGGAAUAGUUGCUGAGUUUCAAGAAAACGGGCCACCUUUACUGAAGAAGAUCAAACAGGAGGUGGAGUCUCCAACUGAUAAAACUGGAAACUUCUUCUGCUCAAACCACUGGGAUGGGGAGAGUCUGAACACUCAGCUCUUCACACAGACUUCACCUGUGGCAGAUGUGCCAAAUAUCCUUACAAGUUCCGUUCUUAUGACACCAGUCUCAGAAGAUGAAGAUAAUGUUCUCAAAGCGUUUACGGGCCCUAAAAACCGUUCUCUGCCCUGCGGCAGUCCCUGGGAAUCUGCCUCCUGUGGAAAGACUGAAGAUCAGAUAACAGCUUCUGGGCAGGCUCGGAAAUAUGUGAACGCCUUCUCCACCCGGACUCUGGUCAUGUGAGAGCUUUCCAGACAAGCAUUAUGUUUGCAGAACACUUCGCGUUGACUUGGGAUAUAGCAUUCCUCUACAUGAAGCUUUUCAUGAAUGGGAGAAGACCCUAUUUUUGUUGUGGUACAACAGUUGAGAGCAGCACCAAGUGCAUUUAGAUGAAUGAAAUCUUAUCAGAUUUCACUCAAUUAAAAAGAUUUUCUUUUUUUAAUAAUAGCAGUCUUACCUAAAUUGUUAGGUAAUGAAUUGUAUUCGGUUGUUAAUAUCUUAAUGCAGAUUGUUUAAAACAUAAAAAGAAUUGUCUGUAUUUUAGAGGAUCCAACAGACCAGUAUUUUUGCCUGUGAACAGGUUUUGAACUUUUUAUACAAAAAAAAAAGAAAAAAAUUUCAAUAUUUCACUUUUCUCAAUCACUAAACACAAUGCAUUACUAUAAAUGUUGGCUUAAUACCAUGGAAUGAUUAAUCAAGAUUGUACAUGCUCAUUUAUGGUUAAUAACAUGGGAGGUACAUUCCUUGUACUAAACCAUUUUAUGAGUUUUUUUUUGUUAGCUUGCUUUAAAAAUUAUUACUGUAUGAAAUAGUUUUAUAAGAAAUUAUAUUUUUAUUCAGUAAUUUAAUUUUGUACAUGCCAAAUGAAAACUGUGUUUUGCUGCUAUGGUCUUAGCCUGUAGACAUGCUGCUAGAGUCAGAGGGGCAGUAGAGCUUGGACGGAAAGAAAAGAAUUGGUGUUAGGUAAUUUACUAUGCACUAGUAUUUUGAAACUUUUUUAAAAUUUUUAUAUAUGUAUACUUUUUUUCCUUUUGUAAUACCUUGGAAAAGUUAUUUGGGAGAUUUUGCAUUGUUGUUGUUGUUUUAUUUUUUUUGUUAUUGUUGGUUUCUAAGAGCAUGCAUUGCACUUCUUUUUUUUUGGGAGAUCUAUGUUGUUGAUGUCCUUUGUUUUGUUUUAAGUACAGCCUGACUGUUCUUUAAUACAGGGAUUAUGUGUUUCAUCGGAAUUUCCCCCCCUGGCUUCUAAGUGUACGGUCUCAGAUCUGCCACACAGAAUCUGUGUUAGAAGUUUGGGCCAAGAGACUAGGUCUAUAGCCAGUUGCUGCCUUAAGAACAUUUGGUGCAAGAUGGCCAGCACUGA